CUGUGAGCGGCACAGUCCAGUGCAGGCUGUGUCCUCUGACUGCCACAAUGAUGCAGGUGCAUUGCUUGGUCCUCCUGUCGCUGUGUUAUGGUGCACUCGCCAUGCCAAGACCCGAAAACAACGAAGACGUCAGCUCCACAGAUGAGGAUUUAGCACAGGACUACUUAAACAAAUUCUACCCACCCACCUCUAGAGAUAGAAAGACAUUUAGGGAAAGGCUGGAGGAAAUGCAAAAAUUCUUUAGGAUGAAAGUAACAGGAAAGCUGGACACAGACACCAUGGAUAUAAUGAAAGCCCCUAGAUGUGGCAUGCCAGACGUGGCAGAGUUCUCAACAUUCAAUGGAAGACCAAGAUGGCAGAAAAACUCCAUUACCUACAGAAUUUUGAAUUACACCCCGGAUCUUCCAGUCUCUGUGGUUGACAAUUCGAUCCAGAGGGCACUCAACGUUUGGAGCCAAGUCACUCCACUUAGCUUCACCAGAGUAAACAAUGGAGACGCCGAUAUUCUCAUCCAGUUCAAUGCGCGAUCACAUAAUGAUCAGAAUCCAUUCGAUGGCCCCAAUGGUGUACUGGCUCAUGCCUAUGGUCCUGGUGCUAGAAUCGGAGGUGAUGCCCAUUUUGAUGAAGAUGAGAGAUGGACAGAUAACCAAGCAGGCUUCAAUCUAUUUCUGGUGGCAGCACAUGAAUUUGGUCAUUCCUUGGGACUCGGUCACUCCGAUGACCGUCGCGCCUUGAUGUUCCCCACCUACCGCUAUGUAAACACAAACAACUAUCGCCUGUCUCAAGACGACGUCAAUGGAAUACAGUCACUAUACGGCAGACGGCGCAUGUAACUGCUUCCUACCAGUCGGGUGGCCCUUUAUCUAACAGUGCUUUGAUGGAAGGGCGUGAAAUGCUUGUGCAUUGGUAUAAUCCUGCAAUAAGAGUAAAUAUCUGAAAGUGUGACUAGAGAUGAGACAAAUAGCAAAUGGUGGCUUGCUGCAUUUGCAAUAUAACUAUAUCUAUGCUGGUAACGACUUACCAAAGGCAAGCAGAACUGUAAGCUGUAGUGGAUGGAAAUGAAGAGAAGAUCCAGGUUCCUUGAACUCAAAGCCUUUAUUUCAAAUCACAUAAAAUCCAUGGAGAGAAACCUGUAAAGUUGGCACAUUUCGUCCAACAGCAUGGUUGAACCGUGGUCGAAACGCUUCAACAUUUCAUUUUUCUUCCUAUGGAUAUUAUGCGAUUUGAAAUAAAGGCUUCAAGUUCGUGGACGCUGGAUCUUCUCUUCAUCUUCAUCUACUAUUGUGUCUCCGAUGCGUCUGUUCAUCCACAGUGACCAGUAAGAUGGUUUUACUUUCAGUGUAAGCUGUAGUACUCCACAUAUGUUGUAUGCAAAGGGCUUGAAAAUGGCUGACUUUUAUCACAUGUGUAUAGCCAGUUUCAAAUAAACAAUACCUUGCUUUGAA